AUGUUUGACGAACUGCCUUUCCAUAUCCAAGAGGAAAUCCUGAAAACGCUUCCUAUCAAAUCAUUGAUUCAGUUCAGAUCCGUUUCGAAAGCAUGGAAGUCUUUGAUCGACAGCUCAGAGUUUAUUGCUGCCCACAGCGUCAGCCACACACAGCCACAACAUCUGUUUGUAUCGUACACAGAUGAACAAGUGCCUAAAUAUGUUUCUUUUGUCGAUGAUGACUCUUUCCCCCAGCAUAGGUUUGUUCCAUCUCUUCCCCUGUCCAUUAGAGAUCCACGAAUAGUCGGUAGUUCUUAUGGCUUGUUGUGUUUCCAAGGUGAUUCACCUUCCAUCUAUAGAAGGAUGAUUGCUGUUGUUUUGAAUCCUUCCAUUAGAAAAUCAAUAGCUAUCGCACUGCCUGAUAUGUUAUAUACGAAUCAUUUAAUCGUUCUUGGUUUUGGAGUUUGUCCUGUCACCAUUGAUACCAAGAUCAUCCAGAUCACUCAAUUGCGUUGGGGAGUGAACGGAAAAGCGAAAUUGGCAACUUUUGGGAAGUUAAGGUUUAUAAGCAAAGUUCGGGGAAAUUUACAAGUCUAUCUGGCAAUCUCCCCAGCAUAUCAAUACAUAUUAUGGGCCCCAGUAGUCCUCCCUGAAAGGUUGGCUAUCAUCACUUUCUCCCUACUUUCUGUAUCUAAGCUAAGGGAGUCUCUUGUUAUACUUGAAUACAAUAAAAGCGGAUACAAUGAUACCAUUGAGGAGCAAGUUUGUUGUACUGUAUGGAUGGUGGAGCGUGGUGUAGAAAGAUCGUUUACUAAGCUAUUCAAUAUCAAGGCACCAGGUGACUUGAUGAGGGCAGUGGGUUUUAGGAGGAAGGGCGGACCUAUUAUGGAAGUCCAAGAUUAUACCUUUGAAUCAACUGAAGAGCUUGUUGUUUAUGAGCCUAACUCAGAACUAAGCAAUCAUCUCAUUAGUGGGUAUAGAUUCACAGUGAAUUCCUACAUUGAAACACUAGUUUUGGUCGGUGGUUCUGAUUGUAGUAGCUAUUGA